AUGCCCGACCCAGACCCCCCAGCACAACCUCCACCCCCAAACUCGGCCUACAACCGCGCCGCACUAAUCACAAGCCUAACAGCCUACUACACCCUCCUCUCCAAAACUGUCUCCAUCCACCCAUCCCACAUCCACCCUGCCCCACCCACCGGCCACGACCCCUCCUCCCUCCCCCUCUCCCAUCUCCAGCGCCUAGGCUUCAACGACCAAAUGCUGGACCUAGUUCUUCACCUCCCCGUCAUCACCUCCGCCACCCGCCCCGUCUACCCAGGAACCCAACCCAUCGCCUACACCAACGACCUCUUCGACGACUACAGCGACGAAGACUUUGACGUGAACGAUGCGCAUUCAGUCGGUCUUUGGCCCUUACCCGAGCAGCGGAUUCCAGAGGUGUGGUGGAUGAUUGAUACGAAUAACGGUGAGAUUACGCCGCACACGGCGUUUAUCACAAGACCUGUUGCCGAAGUACCGGAGAAUGAGCAGUGGCGGACUGCAAGGCCGGUGCCGGCGACGGAGUAUUUCGACGGGUUGGCGAGGGAGCUGGUGGCGUUGGAGUUGUUGCCUGUGCCGUUUAAUCCUGGGUUGCUGGUUUGGGAAAUUUGGCAUGCGAAGGGGCAUAGGGAGUUUCAGGUUUUUGCGGAUGAAGCGAAAGCAAUCUAUCAGCAGUGCGGGUGGCCUGAUUUGGAAAAGUUCAAGCGUGCGAGGUGUAAGAGGUUGUUGGAGGAGUUGCAGAAGAGGGUGAGGGCGUGGGAGAAGGCGAGGAGGGCGUCGAAGCCGAAGCCACCUGCGUAUACGGAUGAGCAGGGGAAUCCAGUUGAGCCGCAUUGA